GUAACAACGGGUGCGGUUGUUUAUCUAUCUGGGGUGCAGCGUAGUGCGGGGUUCGGCUCCGAUCCUUGCCCGGCGCUGCCUCCCCCCGCCCGGCGGCGUUGCCGGGGUCCCACCUGCCGCCGCCGUUGGGAGAAAAACAAAAACAGUCGCGAGCGCGGAGCGGAGCGGCGGCCGCGCAGGCGCAGCGGGGCUCGGAGGGGCGCAGCCGGGGCCGGCAUCCAGCGGCUGGCCGACCGACCAGUCAGGUGCGGCGAGACCCGGACCGGAGCCGACCGGAGCGCGGCGGCCGCGCAGGCGCAGCGGGGCCCGAACCGGAGCGCGGCAGCCGCGCAGGCGCAGCGCAGCGCAGCGAAGCUCGGACCGGAGCCGACCGGAGCGCGGCGGCCGCGCAGGCGCAGCGAAGCUCGGACCGGAGCCGACCGGAGUGCGGCAGCCGCGCAGGCGCAACGAGGCCCGGCCGAGGGGACGCAGCCAGGGCCGGCACCCAGCGGCCUGUCAGUCAGUCAACAAGCGAGCGUCGUUCGCCUCUCCAUUUCCCUUCCCUUCCCCCCCCCCUCUCUCCAACCACCCCCCCUCCCUCCUCCCUUCCCUUUCGGCCGCCUGAUAAUGGAGCAAUGUCUUAACGUGGAGAGGGAGCUCGAUAAAGUUCUGCAGAAAUUCACCUCGUACGGGCAGCAUUGCGACCGGACUUUGGAGGAGCUGAUCGAGUACACGAGCGGCCUGAGGCAGGAGCUGAGCCAGACGGGUGGUCAAGAUGUUGAGCUAUCAGGGACCUUGUCGCUUGUUUUGUCUCAGUGUUGCAAAAGAAUAAAGGACACAGUUCAAAAACUGGCCUCUGACCACAAGGACAUUCACUGCAGUGUUUCACGUGUAGGAAAAGCCAUUGACCGGGUCUUUCGGCAUGUUUCUCCAUUCUUUAUACUUACAGUAGAUGCCAAAUACUGCUCCUUUUAUCCACGAAUGGGACAGAAUUUUGCUACUAAUCAGAAUUUUGAUGCUGAUAUCAGCGGAGUGGCAAUAGAUGGAUGCUGGCAAACUGAUAGCCAACGUCUCCUCAGUGAGGUAAUGGUGGAACACUUCUUCAGACAAGGGAUGCUUGAUGUGGCAGAGGAACUCUGUCAGGAAGCUGGCUUGUGUAUAGAAGGAAACCAAAAGGAACCCUUUGUGGAAUUAAAUCGAAUCCUGGAGGCACUCAGAGUACGAGAUCUAAGGCCUGCACUAGAAUGGGCAGUUUCAAACCGUGAGAUGUUGAUGGCACAGAAUAGCUCUCUGGAGUUCAAGCUGCACAGGCUAUUUUUUAUAAGUCUGUUAAUGGGAGGUACAGAAAAUCAGAGGGAAGCACUUCAAUAUGCAAAGAACUUCCAGCCAUUUGCUUUAAAUCACCAGAAAGAUAUCCAGGUGCUAAUGGGAAGUCUUGUCUACUUGAGACAGGGAAUAGCAAACUCUCCCUAUGUGCACCUCUUAGAUUCUAACCAGUGGGCUGAUAUCUGUGAUAUCUUCACCAGAGAUGCCUGUUCUCUCCUUGGUCUUUCAGUAGAAUCGCCACUGAGUGUCAGUUUUUCAGCAGGGUGUAUUGCAUUGCCAGCUCUCAUAAACAUUAAGGCAGUCAUUGAGCAGAGACAGUGCACUGGAGUAUGGAACCAGAAAGAUGAGUUGCCAAUUGAAGUAGACCUUGGUAAAAAAUGUUGGUAUCACUCAAUAUUUGCCUGCCCAAUUCUUCGACAACAGACUACGGAAUCCAAUCCACCAAUGAAACUUGUCUGUGGCCACAUAAUCUCCCGAGAUGCUCUAAACAAAAUGAUCAAUGGAAGCAAGUUAAAAUGCCCAUACUGUCCGAUGGAACAAGCACCAGCAGAUGCAAAACAGAUCUUCUUUUGAAGAUAUUGUGAUUUAAGAGGUGGUUUGGAAAUUUCGGGCAGUGCAAACUGCAACAGUUCAUUGUUCUGUUGGACUAAUGCUUACUAAAUUGUAGAACGGUGUUUACAUGCCGGUGUGUAUUGGGAUGGGGCAAAGAGGAAAACUACUGGAUAUAAAUUAGUUGCAAUAGGGCUUUUGAACUUGGUCUUGGUAUUUGAUCAAGUGGAUACACCAGCACUCACCAUUUCAUGCAGUUAUUUUAUAUUGAGACAAUACUAGCAGAGCAUUUUUUUAACUUAAAAAAAAUAUGUAAUCACCAAUGAGCAAUGCAUUUGAUAUGAUUCUUCAUGGUAUCAUUGUCAUUACAUGAGUUAAAUUUGAUUUUUUUAAAGUUAUCAAUGUGAUCUUUUAUUCUUUAAAAAUAUAGAAAAAUUGAAUGUAUGAGUAGACAAUAACUACUGGCAAUGUUUGCAUACCUUUCUAUGUUGGUUUGACUAGGUAGCUUUGAUAUAUUUUCACUUUUUUGUCAAAAUUUGACACAAAGCUCAAAUGUUGACUGAGCAUAUAUUAAGCUCCCAGGGUUUAUUAUUUAAUUUUCUUUUUUUGUAAAUUUAAACAGCAUUUGCAUAGAAUGUGGACUAGUAAAGUAUUGGCAUGGGGGAGGAAUUGAUGCAUGAAGGAUAGGCGUGAUGAUUUUUGCUUCAUGUAGGUAAUUUAGUUACAUGUAUGGUACCAUGUCCAAUACAUAAUUAUAAAACUGAAAAAUCUUAUUAAACGCAAGUUGUAUACCAAAUGUUGAUGUAUUUUUGUCACUGAGUUGAAAACCAUGUUCCGUUGAAGAGUGGACUAAUUUUGUUAUCUAGUAUGUGAAGGGUGAAAUUUAAUCUUAAUUGCUAUUGUUAAAUAUAUUCUUCCUGCUUAAUUAUAUAAAUUAAUUUAAUGCUAAAGAAUGCACUUUGGAAAGGAGUUCUGAAAUGCUUGUAUAAUUCUGAUAAUUGUGAAAUUUAACAAGUUUUCUCCUGAUCCGGCAUCCUUGUUGCAAAUUGCUGCUGUUAUUCAAGUUGUAUGUUGUCAUUAUACAUUAAAUGCCAAAUAUCUCAGAUGCAUAAAUAGCAUUUUGGGUUUAGAUCACC